AUGUUCACUCAUCGCCUGAAACGUGAGAAAAGGGAAGCUGCCAUCUGUAGUUCCCUGGUGACACGGCUCAAGGAAGCUGUACAAAGUGUGCUUCAACCUGGAGGGACCACAAGCAACUCAGGACCAAGGUAUUCACCAAGUGUAUCCCAUGGACCAGUCUUAGGGCAUUCAGACAACACUAAUGUUCUCUGCAAUGUCCUGGAAGCCAUCUUUAUUCAUGGCCUGCGAGAUUCCUUCAGUGAGAAGAUGUCAGUUCUGCUUGGAGCUGAUCCUGACCGAAUGCCUGUCCCAAACUUCUGGCCAGUCAUUCUGAUAAUUAGUCACAGGGACUCAAUUGAACAGGUCAAUGAACUGUCAUUCAUUAGCAGUGAGGUGGGAAGAAGCCGGGCUUGGGUUCGUUUAGCUCUCAACAAUGGCCAGAUCUUCAGUUACCUGAGUGUCUUACUGCAGGACUCUCACACUCUGAAGGACUACUACAAGACUACAGCAUUCCUGAGGGAUCCUGAAAGAGCAGAUAUCACAUUGGGUGUAUUGCAACCCCUGGCUUCCCUUACCUUCAGUUUGGCCACCAAUGCUGCUGUGCUCAACACUUGGACUCAAACACCAUUGGUUCUAGCUGGGAUAUGGACACCUAGCAUUCAGGGUAUGAUAUCUGAUCCAGUUCUGGCAGCAACAGAUGUGGCAAGCACAGUGCAUGAUGUCCAAACUCAUGGUGUGGGUAUUCCUUUUGUCUCAACUCCAAUCAGUGACCACAUGUUUGACAUGAUCAUUGGGGGCACACCAGAAACUAGUUUUAUCAGUGACUAUAUGGAAAAAAGUGAAGCAGAUACAGCAAAGCAUGAAGACGAAAGUUCUAUCAAAACCAAAGAAAUUUUGCAAGACACCAAGUCUAAUUUGAUUGAAACAAGCAAGGAAAAGAAAAGGGAAAUAUCUCCCACCAUUGAACAAGACUCUGAAGACAGCAGCCAAAGAAAACAGGAAAAUGUCCUCCCUGAUAACCAAAUCAAUCAGCUAGAAACUUCUAUCUCAAGCACAGACACUGACAGAGUGUUUGGGAGGGAGUGGAGCAUUGACUCUAUGUCGCACAGCACAAUUGAAACGGCUCCAGAGUACAAUAGAUUGUUCUCAGAUUUAGAGGGCCUUGGUGGAUUCCCUUCUGUGCCAGGCCUGGUAGUGCCUGACUUAGACCUCUCACCAUCCUCCACUCCAAGUGAAGAAGUUUCUAAUGAGUCAUCUCAAUCAGAUGUUGCAGAAAAGCUGAGCUAUGAGGUUGUUCCAGUGAAGCAGCCUAGUGCUGAGGAGAUGAGAUGCCUGUUGCCACUUCUGACCAGACUGACCACGGAGGAGGGUCUGGAUGCCCAAUCCUACAAGUGUAACCAGUGCAAAUCCUACAUUGGCAUGAUAUAUGGCAAGCCAAGGGUCUGUGGCUAUGACUCCAAGUACUACUGUUAUGAGUGUCAUGAGAAUGAAUCUGCACUGAUACCUGCUCGUAUUGUUCAUAACUGGGAUUUCACACUGUAUCCUGUAUGCUCAGCCAAUUUUCAGUGGCUGUCAUCCGUAAAUCACCUACCACUUAUUGACUUGAGAACAGUGAAUCCCAGGCUUUACUGUCACAUUGAAGACCUGGCAGAACUACAGAUGUUGCGGACUCAGCUGUUGUAUGUACGUGCUUACUUAUUCACGUGCCGUUCAGACGCGGGGCAGAAACUUCGAAAGCUAGUUUGGCCAAGGGAACACCUCUAUGAACAUGUACAUCUAUAUUCUGUGUUUGAUCUACAACUUGUAGCAAGUGGUCAGCUGGUUUCAAAAGUAAGAUAUGCUGUCACCUUUGGCCGAGACCAUGUCACUCACUGUGAAGUGUGUUCUGUCCGAGGAUUCCAUUGUGAACUGUGCUCAGACAAUGAAGUGCUAUACCCAUUCCAGCUGGGAAACACUUACACAUGUGGUGUGUGCUAUGGAGUGUAUCAUUCCAGCUGUGCACGUGGCAGGAAGGAAUGUCCUCGCUGUGUGAGGCGGGCAGCAAGGAAAGAACACCCUGGCCAAGAGAACACCUAACUGUGAUGUCAAAUGAUGCCCCUGGGCAUUAGAUAGUUUAAGGUACUUGUUUAUUUUGACCUUUGAAAAAAAAUAUUACUUAGUUCAAGUAAAAGCUUAUGAUUGUUGAACAAAAACUCAUAGAUUAUUAAAGAAAUUAUUUUACUCCUUUUUAAAGAAAAGUGCCUUUGUAUUUAGUGAUGAAACAAAUGCACACAUUGUUUAAUAUCUAUAUGGAUAUGAAUAUGAAUAUCCUUAUGAAGUGUAUUAUAUGUGUUGAAAUAUUAUUAUCAUGAUGUGGUUCAAAAGCUAGCAGUACAUUCUUACCUUUCAUCUCUGAAAUAUUUAGUUAAAAACUAUGAGCAUUAUGCAUUUUUGAAAUGCAGGAGUUCUAGAAAUGAAUUGCAAAUUCACUGUUAUCAUUGUUGUGGAAUUGUAGUCAGUGUGGCACCAGUAUGAAAUAGUGACUGAUGCAUUUCAUAGUUUGUGUGAACCUUUAAGCAGUGUCCAUUCAAAAGGAUAAAAGAAUAGAGUACUGAUGGUGUCUUGAUUUGGAUUGGCCAUUGAUAUGAGAGUACGAUUUUAGAAAAAUUUUUGAUAGAAUUGAGAUGGUUUGCAUGUAUUGUUGAAAAAUAUUUGUUUUUUUGUUUGCCAAUUGUAAAUAUUAUUUCAGGAAAAUCAUGUGUGCUUCUUUGCAAAUAUCAAAUGUAUUAAAAAGUGGACAAA